GAGAUAAGUUGGAUUUUGUUGCAAAUUAAAAAAGAAGAAAGGAAGAGAGAAUAAUAUUGUGGGCUAGGGGGUUAAAGGAGGUUGUUGGUUUUCAUAGGAUAGGUGCCACAAGAAUACUUGUGGUGCGAAGAAAGAGAAAAGGAGUAUAUCUCCAUUGGUGAGUAGCUAUAAAAUAGUUGGGAGUGGGUGAGAGUGAUUCAUUCUCUCUAACUGAGACCAUCAAGAAAUUAAUGGAGGCAUCACCCAGUACUCUGGAUUGGAGAGGCAGACCAUCCAACCCUGCCAAACACGGUGGAAUGAUUCCGGCUGCUUUUGUUCUUGGGUUGCAAGCAUUUGAGAUAAUGGCAAUAGCGGCAGUGGGAAACAAUCUGAUAACUUAUGUGGCCAAUGACAUGCACUUCCCUUUGUCCAAGGCUGCCAACCUAGUCACUAACUUUGUUGGGACCAUCUUUCUCCUCUCUCUCCUCGGCGGCUAUCUAUCAGACUCUUACCUUGGCAGCUUCUGGACCAUGCUCCUCUUUGGUUUCGUCGAACUUUCUGGUUUCAUACUGCUAUCAGUCCAAGCUCAUGUUCCUCAAUUGAAGCCACCUCCAUGCAAUGUGAACGAUGGAGAACAGUGCGUAGAAGCAAAGGGCAUGAAGGCCAUGAUAUUCUUUGUAGCACUCUACUUGGUGGCAUUAGGGAGUGGGUGUGUGAAGCCAAACAUGCUUGCUUAUGGAGGAGACCAGUUCGAGCAAAACGACCCAAAGCAGUUAAAGAAGCUCUCAACCUACUUCAAUGCCGCAUAUUUUGCAUUCUCUGUGGGACAACUUGUGAGCCUAACCAUUCUUGUUUGGGUGCAAACUCAUUCAGGAAUGGACGUUGGCUUCGGGGUAUCCGCAGCUGUAAUGGCAAUGGGAUUGAUAAGCUUGAUAUGUGGCACUCUAUAUUACAGAAACAAGCCCCCACAAGGAAGUAUUUUAACUCCCGUGGCUCAGGUUCUUGUCGCUGCAUUUUCCAAAAGAAACCUUCCAUCUUCCCCAUCAUCCAUGAUCAGAGUGGAACAAGUUGAGCAAGUGAAGAUAUUGCUAUCUGUUAUUCCGAUAUUCUCGUGCACCAUCGUUUUCAACACCAUCUUAGCACAACUUCAGACAUUCUCAGUCCAACAAGGGAGAGCAAUGGACACCCAUCUCACCAAAUCCUUUAAUAUCCCUCCCGCCUCCCUUCAGUCCAUUCCUUACAUUUUGCUCAUCUUUUUAGUUCCUCUCUAUGACACCUUCUUUGUCCCAUUUGCCAGAAAAUUCACCGGCCAUGAGUCUGGAAUCUCACCUUUGCGCCGAAUAGGCUUUGGUCUUUUUCUGGCUACCUUUUCUAUGGUUGCAGCUGCUCUGUUGGAGAAAAAGAGAAGGGACGCAGCUGUGAACCAUCACAAAGUUUUGUCCAUCUUUUGGAUAACCCCACAAUACUUGAUAUUUGGCUUGUCAGAGAUGUUCACAGCCAUUGGCCUCCUUGAGUUCUUUUAUAAACAGUCCUUGAAAGGGAUGCAAGCAUUCUUUACAGCCAUCACAUAUUGCUCUUACUCAUUUGGCUUUUACUUGAGCACACUUUUGGUUUCUUUGGUCAAUAAGAUCACUUCAACUUCUUCUUCUUCAGCUGCUGGCUGGCUUCACAACAACGACCUUAACCAGGACAGGCUUGAUCUUUUCUAUUGGUUACUGGCUGUCUUAAGCUUCCUCAACUUCCUCAACUAUCUCUUUUGGUCCAGACGCUAUUCUCAUGCUCCUUCCGCACUACCCCAACCUAAUAAUGCCAAGGAAAUCAACCCCUACUCACAACUACAUGAUCACCAUCACAAUAAUAUUAUUCCAUAGAUAUAUAUAUAUAUAUAUAUACUCUUUUCAAAAUAUUAAUUAUUUUACAGUUACUGUAAAGAAUUAUAUCGAUCAAAAUGUCGUAUCGAUCGAGUAGCUAGCAUAUAUAAUAUAUUGCAGUUACAAGCUUAAUUAAUCUAUUACUUCUUUGCCUUAA